UUGGCCCCCGCAGGGGUGCACUGCGGGAAUCACAUCACCUCCCACGGGCUGGCGCUCAACUGCUGCACCGACCUCACCUGGUUCGACCACAUCGUCCCCUGCGGGCUGGAGGGGAAAGGCGUCACCUCGCUGAGCCGCGAGCUGGGCCGGCACGUCACCGUCGACCACGUCCUCCAGCCCUUCCUCGACUCCUUCCAGGAGGUGUUCGACUGCACCUUGGUCUUUUCGGAAGACCCGGGGGACUAGGAGAGCCGCGGCGCCUCGGCUGGGUGUUUCGGCAAACCCUCGGCACGGCCGACCAGCGGCGCGGCAGCCGCCUCGGGGCUUCGUCGCCAGACAAGGGCUCUCUCGUGGCUUUGCCCGUAGACCGCGGGCGAGCGCUGGCGCAGGGCUUCGGGCUGUUGCUGAAAUAUCCAAACCGCCGUGGGGGCUGCGUGCCCGGCCCCGCGGGUCUCCAGCCCUCAGCUGAGACCUCCAAGGGUCCCACGGCCCCGUCGCUGGCUGGGGAAAUGUGCAAACAGGCGCUUUUGUGUGGGUUUUUUUGCCUCUCUCUUCCCCUCCCCCCCCAAAAAAUCCAAAAUUUGGGUGAACGCUCCUGCGCCCUUCGGACAAGAGGAAGAGGGACCGGUUGGUUGAGCGUCCUCCCCUCGCCGCCGCGUAGAAAGAGGCUGAUUUACGAUAAAGAGAGUUGCUGGGAACUUUGGCCGCUGA